UUCCCCCAACAACUCUAAUUUCUCUCUCUAUAUAUACAAACACACUACGACUUGUGUGUUCACAUUCUUAAUUCCAUGGUCAAAAUUCGAAAGUUUUGAGUUUCCAUCUCAACCACCAAUUUGUUUCUUCCAUUGUGCAUGAUCAUUAAUGGAGGUUACACAUUGCAAACAGAAGCAAAAGCAGGUUCUGCCAUUGCCGCCGCCGCCGUAUAGACGAAGAGUCACCGUGUUCGCCGGCAAGUCUCGAGAAGAAGUGAAGCUAGCUGCAAUUGCAAUCAGCCUCAACGUACGGCUGAGAUCAGCCGAGAUGCCAUUCACCAUGCAAGAACGUGCCGUCCGCCACGCUAGAUCUCUCCUCGGCUCCACCACCCAGCGCCGCCCUAACCCCACCCCUUUAGCGCUUUCCCUCAAAAAGGAGUUUGACUCGGAGUAUGGGCCGGCGUGGCACUGUGUGGUGGGGAAGAGUUUUGGAUCGUUCGUUACAUAUUCGCCUGGUGGUUUCGUGUAUUUCUCCAUUGAUGAUUCUCUGUCAUUUCUUCUUUUCAAAACGGAGGUUCAUUUGGUCAAGGAACCAUCAUCCACUUGAUCAAUUCACUGUUAUAUUUUCACUUUUCACCAUUUUCUAGUUUUCUUGCAAGCGUUGUUAAUUUCUCUUUGGACUGUAGAAGAAAGAAAUGAACAUGAAACUGCAUGCUUUCUCUAGGGGGUUGAAUUUUUCUUUGUCUUGAUUA